AUGACACUGGCUUCACUUCGCUGGACGUUCAGUUGGCCAGUGGACUCGCCCAGUUGGACGAACAGCUGUGUACACUGCAUCACCCAGAAAGCCGACCAGACUAGCAGCCAAAUGCAUGCGCUGUCAGCCAGCAAUUCGCCACUUCUGCAUGCUAGACGCCUGCGUCAAAAGCAUGUAUAA